AUGGCUACGCUCUCGACCUCAGACCAACAGGUCUGGAAGAAGGUGCUCAGCGCCAAGGGUCAGUCUAUGACCCAAGCUCAAAUUGAGCAAAGCCUGCCUGGCAUGCCUCGGAAAGAGGUGCAGUCGAGCGUGACGCAGCUCAUGGCGGUCAAACUCUUGCGGAGCGAGACGUCGAAAGAAGGAGGAGCACCCUUGUUUCAUGCUGUCCAGCCCAAGGAUGCCAAAAAAAAACAAGCUCUCACUUCGGAUCAGAAUAUGGUCCUGAAGAUGGUAUCACAGGCUGGUCGGAGAGGAAUCGCUCAAAAGACACUUCGAGUGCAGAUUGGUGCCGAUACCAUUCCCACAACGAUUCUGCGCAAGACUUUAGACUCGCUAGAGAAGAGCGGUCAUAUUGCAUCUUUCAAGAGCAUUCACCAACCCACUGUGUCGCUCUACAUUCUGCCAAAUGUGAAGCCGGCGGAGGAUCUUACCGGUGGCGUAUGGUAUGAUGGUCAGAAGGAAUAUGAUGCGGAGUUCGUCAAUGGGAUUACUAUGUUCCUGUAUGACAAAGUCAAAUCUUUGACGUUUCCGUCAAAGGACGACAGGAAUCCCGCUCAUGCCAAGUUGGUCCCUAAUGCCAUCUACCCGGUCACCAAGACGAAGAAACUGCCGACACCUCACACCCUCCUAGCAGUCUUGAAACGAUCUGGUCUGACACAGGCAAAACUCAAGGUCGAGAAUGUGAUGGAGUGCAUGAGGGCGUUGGAGCUGGAUGGACUGAUUGAAGCAGUCAAGCCAGUCGGCGGUGUCAGUGUCCCUGAUGUAGUGGAGGAUUCGGAUGGAGAGGGACCUUCGCGAAAAAAGCGGCGAAUGAACAAUGAUGACGAUACGGACGAAGAUGAGCUGGAUCUGCGGAAAGAAAAGGCCAAGGAAUUAGCAAAGGAAAAGAAGCGCAAGGAGAAGGUCAAGCUAUUGAGAAAGCAACGAGCGGAAAAGAAGGCCAAGGAGAAGGAAAAGAGGGCGAAGAAACGGGCCAAGAAGAAGGAGAAGGAGAAAGAUCGGGAGCGGAGACGUAAGGAGAAGCGCAAGCGCAAGGCUCGCUCAGAGUCUGACGAUUCGGAGGAGGAUCUCGAUGCAGAUUCGGACGAGCUGGUCACGAUCGAUCAGGCUUUCGGCAAAGGACGUAAGAAGGGUAGAGCCGAGGAUGAUGAAGAAACCGAUUCUGAUCGAGACGAGAGGCGGAAUUCGAAGAAGAAGUCCAAACGUCAAGCUGCACAAUCAGAUAGUGAAGACUCGGAUGACGACUCUGAGGACGAAGGACGCCGCAAGAAGUCCAAGAGGAGCAACAAGCGGAAAGCUCGAUCUCCGGUAACAUCCUCAGAGUCUGAAGAUUCGGAAUCCGAUGUGGACUCCGACGACGUCUCGGUCUCCUCGGUCGACUCUGCCGAUAUCGAUCUCAGGGAUGUCGCUCUGAAACCCAAGUCAAGCGCUAUUAUCGACAGUUCAGAAUUACAGACAAUCGCUUUCGCCCGAACAGGUCUUGGGGAGCUCAACGACGUUCAUGUAGCCUACAGAGCGACCAAUCUGGUCAAUUUGCCUUUGGGUCAGACCCAGAUUUCAUGCGGGAAAUGCCCCCAGUUCAAUUUUUGCCAGGAAGAUGGCCCGGUCAAUCCUGAAAGCUGUGCAUACGUGGAUGACUGGCUGGCGGACGUGGUUGGAGGCUGGGAUCCCGAGGGUCGAAAGAAAUAUAGAGAUGAGCCCACCGCGAUGGAUACCGGAGACCAGAAGGACGGCAUGGAGGCGUCAGGAAUCGGAUAUGAAGAGGACGAGAACAUGUCGGACGAGUAG